UGUCGAUCCUCCCGUGACUAUUCUCCUUAUUCUUACGAAGUAAAUAGAAUAAUGAUAGUACUCGUCGAGAUAGACGUGUCGCAGAAGUCGGUCUGAAAAUUGUGGUGUUCUGAAAAAGUUCAAACCAUUCGUUGUUCAGAGCUUCGAGAAAAAGUUCUAAAGUUGAGGGUGUCAUCGAAAUUUCUGUUGAGAAAGAUGAAAUCUGUCCUCGGCCGUGUCGAGAGAAGAUUAUUGAAUCUGGAUGGGUGCACACAGACGUGAGUUAUGUGUUUUCGUAUCGUAGAGCAACAAUGAAACGCAUUCUGUCUGAGUAUGUUUUUCUGGCCUCGACUUGGAGAAGAUGAUAUCGAUGUGGAACCGAACGAUCUGAGUCCGAGUUCUUAUCUUGCUAGAUGCUUGCUAGAUGGAUCGUAUUUAUGAUUCACGUUCAUGAUGAACGAAGAUGCGACAGCGAUGUCUAUUCAACAACGAGCGGCGUGCGAAUGAGAUCUUCUCUUCAAAUGAUUCACAAUAUAUUCUAUACCAUUGCAUUCUUGAUGACGUCACUCAUUCAUAAAGAUCCAACAAAAUUUUCAUCGAAAAGCCAAUCCAAUGUGAUCCAGCAGCUUCAUGAUUAGGAAAUCGUUUUUCCCAUUUUAAUGAUCUCCAUAAUGAUUGAAACCGCAUUACGUACUGAGCAUAAUUCGUGAUAUCAUUGAUCUUGUGCGCAUUCAAAAUCCUUCAUUUCCUUCAAAUAAAUUGAUAUUUGCCCUCAAGAAGAAGACCGUACUAAAGAUAGCUACAUGUACGAUCAUACUUUGUUGUGAUAGAGAAGAUAUCCGCUCCAUCAAGUACGUAGAAAACAUUCAUCAGACCGGACAUCAAUCCAUACUGACGCAGGUUUUGGAUUCUUGUUCGCUUCUUGUGUAUAUUUUUGAUAUAGUUUCGGCAAGACUGGAGGAAGAGCCGAACGGACACUUCUCAGAUUUGUUUUCUGUGCAUGUGCUAUGAAAUUUGUGAUUUCUCUGGCAAGUAAUUACAUUCCCCAUUUCUUCAAAGAGAUUUUCUCGUCCCCUUGUCACUGUACAAAUUUGAUUGCGAGAAGCGAGCCACGCCAGCCGUAGGUUUUCCCGUUGUUGCUUUCUCUCGACUGCUGCUACUAGCUGAACAAAAACGUCUUACGUCGCGAUUUCUCUGACGCAAUUUUUCUGUUAACUUCUUUUCGAAAAAACCGGAAAAAUGGAGAUCCUCGUGUACUUGGCAGGAAACUGGUGCUGCGUUGGCGCAGCAUCAAUCAUUCUCUACAACUUCAUCUUGCGAAGGGGUCACUGUAAAGAUAGCGAGAAAGACUUGCAGAUAUCAAAAGACAUGCAGCUACUCCUUUUCUUAGGCAGCAUCGUCCGCUUUUACUGGAGCAUGAGUCCGCCACCAAUUUGGUAUUUCUCAAUACUUAGAGCACUCUAAUGAAGCUAAAUUUUGAAAAUUCUGACGUUUUUUGGGUACAGGGGAGUAGCAUGACGAUGAUCAUGAUCAUUUCCAUUCGCAAACGAAAAUAGUGUUUGGGAAGAUCCCAUUUUUCAAGAUGAAAUUGCAAUUCAACUUGUUCUAAUGAAACUAUCUAACCAGGUCCGAGGAGCCCUUACCAAUUCAGUGGAUUUCAGUCUUCGAUCUGGUUUUCUCUAUCUUCUGCUGGGGUGCAUGUGUCUGCCUCAGUACCGACUACGGCGUCAAGGCAAUGAACUCUCUCGGCAGCACAGCACGGGGCGGAUAUGGCCCAGUUGGCAUGGAAGAAUUUGGUACUACAUUUGAGUAAACUACAACAUUUAAUUUUAUCAAAAUUCGUGGACACUACAAUUAGCAUCUCGCAUACUUACUUCACUAUCACGACGACCAUGUCAUUGCGAACGAACUAGAGAAAUGACCUUAUCUUUACGUCUCAGGGGACCUCCUACCAUGCAAUCACAAUCUCCAUUUGUUUCACCCCUAGCGCUAAUCCCAUAUCGUCUUUCAGAUGGUCUCGUAGGUAGCGAAUCCGACGCUCUGGGAGCGGAUAAGAAAAAUGGGUCUGCGUUGAUCAAGUACACGCGAUGGCAGUAUCUUACCGCAGCUGCGGCAGUUAUUGCUUGGCUUUUGACGCACCUUCUUCCAAGUCUCCACAUGCCAGGAGCAUGGAUGCUAGUGGACUUCGCUGUACUUACAAGCUAAUUAGUGGCUUAUAUUCCACUUUUGCGUCUAUCAGACGCUUUCAACCUGUUCGUCAGACAUUUACAAGAACAACCAUCCUCGCAUCUUAAUGAAUUUUUGGAAAUAUUUUCCUCAAUUUUCCACACGUACCAGGUCGUUUUCAAUAUGUUGCUCGAUGGCUGCGCAAUGAUCCCGCAAGUUAUCCUUAUCCAUAGCGCACGAAUGAAGACACCCGUGGAAGCGAGCCACUUUGUCGGCCUCCUUUGUCUUGGUAUUUCUAUUUACUAUAAAACCAGUGGUUGUUAGUCUUCUCUUCUGCUUUUGUAUUUUUUAGAAGCAUUUUUAGCAAAACAUUAUUGUUCUUAUUUUGGUUUUGCGAAAACGUUAGUUCAAGAACGUAAGCACCAAAAGGUUUACACGGACUGCGCGAUCAUUCUUUUGACAAUCCUGGCAAACUCUUUCAUUUUCUUUCCUCUUGCAGGGCGACUAUUGCGCAUGCUCUUCUGGGUAUGGCUUAUCCUUCACCCGGAAUCCGGACAUGCAAUCUGGACCUUCGUCGUGCCAGAUUUGCUUCAUACGGUCAUUAUGGCGGAUUACCUUUACCACUACCUGCAGAAGCUGAAGCGUGAUCGUAUCGAUCCCUACUUCGCCGACUAUAUGCACCACGUUUAAAGAGACGCAGGUAAGAAAAUUCAGGUUGAAGUUCGCUAUUACCUUUCCUAAUAAGCAAAUAUUAUAGAAAAAACGAAAUGAUAGAAAUAUAAUGAACGGUUGAUUCCCUGAGCCGACGGAUAAUUAAUUUUAAUGAACACCUCAUGAACGCCCUGUGGACAAGAUUCAAAUUGAAAUUUUCUUUGGAGUCCACUUAAGGAUUGAUAUUGAUGAUAAGCAAUGCAAUCAAAUAUGAUGGUUCGAGGAAGUUUUCGAACGAAAUAGGAUAUCAUGCUAUUCUUUGAAUCAGAAACUACGCAAACUAACCAAAUUGUGCUUCUAACUACUAACUAGCAACUAAGAAAAUCACAUCGACUACGCAUUCGCGAAAACAUUAAUAUGAUCGAGAAGGGAUCAUUAAUAAUGUCAAACAACAGUUACCGAUCUAUCACAUUCUAUCGAUUUGUCAGUUUUUAUAUUUUUCGCUCGAAUCGCAACCGCCAAUGGUUGGAAGUAGGUGGUAGAGAAAUUAUCGAUCAAUUAGUGAAAUCUUUGAAUCUAUCGUAUGCAUAGAUUUUAAGCUCCAGGUGUUUUAUGCACCUCCUGAUCUCCCCGCCUCGAAUGAUCUGCUUUCUUCUAAGCAAGAAAGCAGCCCUGCUGUAAGUCUAGCUACAUGACCACACAUAGCACAGGAUAUGAGAUAAAUGUAACGCCCCACUCUUGGAAAGCGGAUCUAUAAUUCGGCAGUCAUCUUCAUUCAUAGUUCUGUGAGGUGGAAAAAUACGCGCCACGCCAUGCUUACCCACAUUCAUACAUAUACAUGGACACAUCGUUAGGAUAAGCUCUACUACUAGGUAGAAGUAGAUGAUAGAUGAAGUAUUUGUUCAUCCGUUUUGCUCAAUACGACAACAACUAGCGUUCUAGUUUCCCUUGGCACCCACCACACCACCUCAUCCCCUGUGCUGGGAAACUCCGCUAGUACAAGUAGUUCGUUAUGAAAGAGUGAAAUCUAUCGCUACCGUGAAAAUUGGAAGGAAACUAUAACAAGUUCUUCCGGGGCCCGAUUGUCGCUUACAACUAUCUCGAGCGCAAACAGGGUGGAUUCCCCUCUGGUCAAAGACAGGAGACUGGGCAACCCAAAACGAGGUGCUGAAAUUGCGUUAUAGAUGAUGAAUUGAAAAAAACUGAAAAUGAGGUGCUGAAACUGCAACACGUAGAUCGUCAACUAACACCGAAGAUCC